AUGAAGAGGACGCGCAGACAAAGCAACGCAGACGGCGAAUUGGGGCAGGUGGUGUCACCCGACGCCGGCGCGGCGGACGAUGUCGCCAAGUCGCCCGACCACAAGCGGACCCGCACAGCGCAAUCCGACCGCGACGAGGGGGAGGCCAAGGCGCCGGUGGAGGCCGACGUGCGCGGUAUCGUGACUGCUCUGCGGGCCAAGCCCGAGUGGGCGCGCAAGGUGGCUGACCCGACCAUUGUCGCCAAGUGGCGCGCUGAGGCCCUUGCCCAGGGCGCCUCGGCCAGUUCAGUCGCGGAGGCCCUGGCCCGCCUUCUGCGCGAGAGCGUGGUGCAAGACUUAGUGCAUCCGUCGCUGUACCCCUACAUCCGCGGCCUCUCCUACGAGCCACACACCACCGCCGCCGCUGUAGCGCCGCCCAAGCGCCAAGUCGCGGACCUCUGGGUGGCGAAGAAGAAGCAGGACGAUGAUGUCGAUGAGGAUGACGAUGCUGGCAGUUCCGACGAGGGCGGAGAAGAACACGAAGAAAUCGACUACGAAGAUUUGGGCGGCGAUGCAGACGAGGAGAAGAAGUACCUCAGGAAGGAGAAGACACUCGAGCAGGUGGAGUCUAUCUAUCAGUGGCUUCCAGCUGAGUUCGAUGUAGCGGCCGAUGGAGCGGUGUCAAUCGAGUCCUACAUCAACAACCUCGACCGCACGCGCCACGCGGCCCUCUAUGACGACAUUGCGGCCACGUUUCGCCUCUUCGUUCCCCUCUUCGAAAGGGUGCUGGGUGGAAGGCCGCUGGGCGGGAAGCGGCUGCAGGUGGUGGUCAAGGCGGCCAACUACAUCCUCCAGCCGGGCCAAACCCACGAGGGCUCGUGGCACGUGGAGGGCAUGAAGCACGAGCGCAUCGUGGCCUCGGGCAUCUACUACUACCACACCACGCCCAACCUCGCCGACAGCUGCCUGGCCUUCCGCCAGAAGCGCGACAACGUUCUGGAGGAGCGGGGCGACACCCAAGGCUACAACUUCAACCAGAACCUGGGCAAGGCGGACACACCGAUGGGGCGGUGUCUGGUGUUUGGGAACCAUCUGCAACACAAGGUCCGCGACAUGAAGAAUAAAUCCAACGACCAGGUGGGCCUGCGCAAGAUCCUGUGCUUCUUCCUCAUUGAUCCCGACCAUCGGGUCAAGUCAUCGGCCGACAUUCCCCAACAGCAGUGGGACGAGACCAAGAAGGGGGUGGCGCGCGCACUCAUCGAGGCCACGGUCAAGCACAAGGUGAGCCUGCCGAGCGAGAUCAUCCACCACAUCCUCAAGCUGGCCAAGUGGGGCUUCACGUGGGAGGAGGCCAAGGCGCACCGUGAGAAGCUCAUGUGGGAGCGCAAGUAUUUUGUGACAGCAACCAACGAGAUCUGGGAGCGCAACUUUAGCUUCUGUGAGCACUAA